AUUCAAUUCAAUUAAAUGUCUGAUCCUAAUUCCAGAGCUGCUAGAUUGAAUAUCAACCCAAUCUCUACAACCAACCAGAAUGUCUAGAUCCUAAAAGUACAUUCCAAUUUCACUAAUUCUAGAAAUUGGCAUUCAGUAUCAAUAGCGGACAACCCUCCACUAUCAGAGCUCUCAGUGCUCCCAACGCCGCUCAAAACAACAGAAUGCAAUUGGAGAUUGAAUCCAAAGAAUCCAAAUAUAGCAGUAUGUAUGAAGAGUUGGCUAAAAUUGGAUAAGGGAAUUUCGCAAUUGUAUUUAAAUGUAGGAACACGCUUGAUCAAUCGAUUUAUGCAAUUAAAAAGACGAAGGCUCAACCUAAAUAGAAUUUAGAAACCAGCGAUGCAAGGUAGGAAGCCUGCAUUUUGGCGAAUUUAUUUAGCAAAAGUGACACAAAACACAUAGUUCAAUAUUACAAUUGUUGGAUAGAGUAGAAUCAAUUUUAUUUGGUUAUGGAAUAUUGUGAUUAUAAUCUAAAGCACCAAAAACAAUAUUAGGAAUGGGAAAUCAAGAUCAUUUUAAAACAUGUUUUAGAAGGGCUGAGGUUUUUACAUAGUAAGAAUUUGGUUCAUAUGGACAUUAAACCUGAGAACAUUUUGUUUAAGAAGAAGGAUUUGAGUUUCAAGAUAGCAGACUUUGGAUUGUCAAGACUUUAAUUUGUAAAGGAGGACGAAGAUAUUAGGGAUGGUGAUUAAAGAUAUACAGCUCCUGAAAUCAUGGAAUAUGUAUUAAAAACUAUAUCUAGAUGAAUUUUGGUACUCCAAUAGAUUUAUAAAAAGUUGAUAUUUUUGCUUUUGGAUGCACCAUUUUCGAAUUGAUGAUUUAGGAGGAACUGCCAAAAUCUGAUACUCAAUAUCAUGAAUUGAGAAAUGGCAUUAAUAAACGUCAUUUCAAAGAUGUGGGUAAAAAAUCCAUUAAUUUAUUUAGGAAUUUAAUAUUCUGAUUCUUUGAUUCAGAUUGUCUGUCAAAUGAUGGCUCCCAAAUAAAAGGACAGGCCAACUGCUGAAUAAUUGCUGAAUAACACCUAUCUAUUUGUGCCUGAGGAUAAUGAGUUACGAUUUUUGGAGAACUCUAAUUCUCUGCUCUUCCAAGAGAAGCAGAGGAACCAACAAAAGUAAAAGAGAGAAAGUCAGAGAAGGAAAACCCUUGGUUCUUGUUUGGAGUUCGGGGGUAAGCAGGGGGUCAAGAAUAAAGUGCAAAUAAAGAGUGAGAGAAUAAGGCAGGAGACGGAGAGGAGGUAGAGGAUGUCGAGGAUGGAUUGCUUUUAGACGGAGGAGGAGCAGAAUAGCCAAAUUUUUAGAUCAGGUUAUGAGCUGUGUGAGAAGCAGGAUUCUUUGGAGUAGCGUAUAAAAAAUGAGCACUAGAAUUCUAGAAAUAAGAGUGCUUGAUGUCUAAUUAUAUAUUAAAUUA